UUCACUUUCCAUUCACAACGACAACAAUUCCCCAUUUUCAUUUAUUCACAAUCCAUCAUUUUACAGAGAGACACUACAAGAAAUUCUAGCUAUUCCUACGCUAUAUAUCACCACACCUUCAAUAUAGGUGUUGCAAAAGCAAAUUCCUAGUCACAGUAUUUUUCAGCUGCAUCUAAAAGCUAUAAUUUAUUGCUGCAAAAUGAAACUUUUACCGCACAACUGUAACAAAGAGUGUGGCAAAAAAUUAUAAUCACUUGUUACAAUAAUAAAGAUUGGGUGCAGCAAAAGACUUCUUGCUACAUAGGUUAUCGCGAUACUAGUAGGGGCUUAUGCCAUAACCAUUGGGUGCUGCAAUAUAUUCAGUUUCUUGCAGUAUGAUGAGUAACAGGAGAAGCAGAGGAGAAACGGAAAAAAGCAUGGCAGCAACCAGGGUAAAAUAUUUAAGCUUAUUAUCGCAUGACAAUGGAGAUAUCGAUUAUGAUUCUGUGAUCCAGCAACAGAGGAUGCCAACAAGUAUUGAAGGCCUUAUUUACGGGUGCAAAACAUGUAAUAAAAAGUUUCCAUCGUUUCAAGGGCUAGGAGGCCACAGAGCGAGUCAUAAGAAACCUCGGUUGAUGGAACUGUACUCAUUAGAUAAUCAAGGUAUCAGUGAUAACCAGCAGCAAGUGAUGAAACAAAAGAUUUAUGAGUGUUCGAUUUGUGGUUUAAAGUUUGAGAUUGGGCAAGCUUUAGGUGGUCAUAUGAGAAGACAUAGAGCUUCCAUGAAUGAGUGCUCGUCGACAAAGGCAGCAGCAAGAACGACAGGAUUGUCGUCCUCAUCAUCUGAUAAUACUGACAUUAGUUUUCAAGAAGAUGUACUUCCACAAGUGCCGGUACUGAAGAGAUCAAACAGUUGCAGGAGAGUGUUGAGUUUGAAUUUAGAGUUGAGCUUAGCUCUUCUUCCUUUAGAUAGUAAUAAUGAAUUUGAAUUCUCCACUAUUGAAAAAGCAGACAGACAUAUGCCAUCUACUCCACUCAUGGUUUAUAGUUUUAUUUGAUUCUGAUUAAAAAUGUAACUAGAUUUAACAUUUUACAUAGAAUUCAUACUUGUAUUAAGCUGAGUAAUAACAUUUUACAUGGGAUUUAUAGAG